AUGUUUCAAAGCUCCCUCAUAGGAAUUGUUCCAGCUGUCUCCAUUGCUUUUGUUGUCGUGAUUCCUUCAAAAUAUUCUCAAACACUAUCUUAUUAUUUCACUAUGAUUGUUGCGGUCCAUUCAACCUGCAACGCAAUUGUGAUGAUGAUAACUUAUCCAGAGUUGAGGAAACAUGCAAUGUUUUGGAAGAAACCAGAGAUUUCGACUAUUAGGACCAAGUUGCACUUGUCACUGGUGCUUCCAGAGGAAUCGGUUUGCGAUUUAGGUCGUGGAAUAGCUUUACAACUUGGAGAAGCUGGUGCUACAGUUUAUAUUACUGGCAGGAGACCUGAGUUGAGUGACAACUUCAAUUUAGGGCUUCCUUCUUUGGAGUAUGUGGCAAAGGAAAUUACCAAUCGUGGUGGCAAGGGAAUCGCUCUGUAUGUGGAUCAUUCUAACAUGACAGAAGUGAAAUUUCUGUUUGAAAAGAUAAAAGAAGAACAGGAUGGAAGAUUGGAUAUUCUGGUGAACAAUGUUUACAAUUCUCUGGGGAAAGCGACUGAAAUGGUUGGUAAGCCGUUUUUCGAUCAGGAUCCGUCUUUUUGGGAUUCCAUCAACGAUGUUGGCUUGAGGAAUCACUACUACUGCUCUGUUUAUGGAUCCCGGAUGAUGGUUGAAAGACGUAAAGGGCUUAUUGUGAAUGUUGGGUCGUUGGGCGGCCUGAAAUAUGUUUUCAAUGUUGCCUAUGGAGCUGGAAAAGAAGCGUUAGCACGAAUGUCUACAGAUAUGGCAGUGGAAUUGAAUCCAUACAAUGUUUGCGUUGUAACACUGAUUCCCGGGCCCGUGAAGACGGAAAUGUCUCUGAAAAACAGUAUCGAAAAUUUUGUGAAGGAUGAAUCUGAGUAUUACGUGAAAGGAGAGUCAACGGAAUUUACAGGAAAGGCGUUGGCAAGAUUAGCAAUGGAUCCGGGAAGAAUGAAGAAAACAGGAAAAACUCUUUUCACUGAAGAUCUAGCUCAGAAAUAUGAUUUUUCUGAUCGACCGGGCAUGGAACCUCAAAACAUUCGAAGUGUGCGAACCAUUCUUGGAACCAUGGGGAAGCCUGAAAUAGCGAAAUACGUUUCACCCAAAAUCAAGCUACCAAAAUGGGUCAUCUGGCAAAGUGUGAAUCGCUUCUAG